AUGAAUGUACAAUCUAAAUCGAUUGUUGUUGAGACAUUAUCAGAACCACCUAUAAGACCAUUUGAUAAUGAAGUGAAGAAUAAAAUUAAGCCACAAGAAAACAAUGAGGCAUCAACAAGCAAUCAAUUUGUCAUUGAGAUAGAUUCAUCAUUAUUUUCUAAUGAAAGUGGUAUUGUAAAAAAAUAUUUAAUUUAUGUUCGUCAAAAUCAAAAUAAUAAUAUGUCAGAAAUAACUUUAAAUGGAACAUAUAUGGAGGCUUGGAAUAAUGUAUCGAUCGAUUAUUUGGCUCUUGAGAUUCCAAUCAAUUCAUCAACAAAAUCUUUGAUGAAAAAUGAUGGAAAUAUCAGUGUAUUAGUUGGUAAUGAAACAAUAUGUCUCAAUAAGUCAAUAAAAACAACUCCAUGUAAUGGUCCAUUAAAACCUUCGACAAUCUAUAAAUUGAUUGUGGGUGGCUGUACAAUUGCUGGUUGUACUCAUGUGCUUUCCGAGCAAUUUAAAACACGAAUUGUAUUACUGCCACCGAACAAACCAGGAUCGUCAAAAGGAUGGGUUGCUGCAUUUCCAAUUUUGGCUAUUGCUAUUGUUGCUAUUCUAGCUACAUGGAAACGAAAAACACUUGGAAAAAGGAUUAAUCGAAAAAUUAGGAAAAUAGAAAAGAAUUCAGAAGAUUUAGGUAUAUCAUCAAUAUCAUUAUCAUCGAUAUACGUCACUCCACUGAUGAGUGAAAAACAAUAUAUAGCUUGUCAAGGUCCAUUAGAGAACACUUGUGAAGAUUUUUGGGACAUGAUUAUUCAAUAUGGUGUAAAGAAAAUUGUCAUGUUAACAAGAACAGAAGAACGAAAUCCUCAUAAUCCUUCACAAACAUUAUCGAAAUGUUAUCGUUAUUUUCCUGAUAAAAAAGGACAAUUUGUAAGAUUUAAUAGAGUAGUUGUUGAAGUACUCGAUGUUGACAAUCAAACAAAUGUUGAUCUUGAAAUUCGUCAUUUACUUAUUAAAGCCGAUAAUAUCGAAUAUCGCGUAUUUCAUUAUUUUUUUACUGGUUGGCCAGAUUUUAGUGCUGUUGAACCACAAAAAUUAUUGGAUCUUAUUCAAAAUAUCAACAGUCAUGGAAAAAAUCAAUUAAGUUCAGUUGAAAGAUCGAAAGAAGCUUUAUUUAUACCUAUAGUUGUUCAUUGCAGUGCUGGUGUUGGUCGAACUGGUACUUACAUAGCCGUAGACAUUAUUAUGCGUUUAAUUGAUCGAGAACAAAAAAAUUUAUUAACAAUGAAACUUGAUGUUAUGGGUAUUGUUUAUCAAUUAAGACAAGAUAGAGGGAAAAUGGUACAAACUAAGGAUCAAUAUAUGUUGGCAAAUCGUUGUGUAGAAGAAUAUUUAAAACAAACUAAUCGAUUAAAUGAUAUUUUGCAACAAUCAUCGUUAUACGAAAACGUUAGUAUGGAUUCAACAAAAUAUAAUAACAAUGCAAGUACAAAAUCAUCAUUGAAUUAUGCUAAUAAGAAUGAAUACAGUCCAUCUGAAGCCGGUAAUCAUGUUUAUCUUACCAAUUCUGUUUCACCAUCUACACAUUGA